AUGACGGCCCUCCAUGAUGCAGUAGAAAAAAAUAAUAAAGAAAUGGUUGAGCUUCUCCUUUCUCAUGGUGCAAAUGUUAAUGAAAAAGAUAUAGAAGGAAGAACAUCUCUUCAUAUUGCAGUUAAUAGUAAAUGUAUAGAAAUGGUUGAGCUUCUUCUUUCUCAUGAUGCAAAUGUCAAUGAAGGAGAUAAAAAUGGAGUAACAGCUCUUCAUAUUGCAGUUUAUAAAAAUUGUAAAGAAAUAAUUGAGCUUCUUCUUUCUCAUGGUGCAAAUGUCAAAGAAGGAGAUAAAAAGGGAGUAACAUCUUUAGAUAUUGCAACAAAAUGCUUUUAUAAAGAAAUAGUUGAACUUCUUCUCUCUCAUGGAAUUAAAAUUAAAAAAAAAUCAUUCUGGGAAAAAAAAUGCAAAUGGUUCUUUUAA